AUGAGCGAAAGCAGGCGCAGUUCCGUAUCCAGCGAGUGGUCCAUCGAUAGCGAACCUCCCUGCUCUCGGUACUCUCUUCGAAGAGCAUCACCAUAUCGACUCUUGAAAUACGCCGGACUGUUCGUUCUAGGCUUCAGUCUCGUAUUUCUCCUCUCAACCCGAACAACGGUCUCAAGCAAGAUCCUACCAACGCAUGUUCCUGCGCCUACCUCAAUCCCCGCUUCACAUGCACCCUCGUUAUCAUCGCAGUCUUCCCCUCGCAUUGGCAAAGUAACAGCGUCAUUUGGCCCCGAGGAUCCCGUCUAUGAAGCCGCCAUCGCUUCGCACCAAGUCCAUAAUGACAUCCACGGGUACCCUCAAUUCAUACUCCGCGAACGCAUGUUUCCUGGUCUCUGGUCCAAACACGUUUUUCUGCUCACGAUCCUGGGAGCUGAACUUGCUAAGCCGGCUGCGGAACGGUUGGAGUGGCUCUUCUGGCAUGACCGCGAUACCAUUUUGAUGAACCCGAAUGUACCGUUGCACGUCUUCUUACCACCGGUGCAAGACGUCCAUCUCGUGGUGACAAAUGAUCGACAUGGUCUCAAUAACGGCGUCUUCCUCAUUAGAGUAAACGAAUGGGCGGUUCGUCUCCUCGCCGCUGCACUUAGCCUGAAAGAGUAUGAUCCAGACAUACAGUUGAAGUACAGUGAGCAGAGUGCCAUGGAAGAGGUUAUCAGACGGCCAUACUUCUCCUCUGCCGUUGCCUAUGUGCCCCAACGAUGGUUCAACGGCUUUCCACCUAAUCCAGCACAUCCCGAGAAACCACCACUGGCACGUCCUGCGUCUUUGCUCAUCCACUUUGCUUCAAACCGAGACGGUAAACGUCCGGAGAGGAUGGCUUACUGGGGCGGAGUAGCGCGGAGCAAGGCGAAUGAGUGGAUGAGACCACUCAACGAAACGGGGUAUCCGGCUGAGAUUGAAGAGUAUUGGGCGAGAUUGGGGGAAGGAGAGGAUGUUGAGAGCGUAUGUAAGGACAUUGGGACAAGGAUUUGGACUUGA